ACUUCCGCUCUGUUGGUUCGACACGCUGUAGCGGCGGAUAGACGCUGGUUGCUUUCAUUAGUGUUGACAAUUCAUUCUUUAAGAGGAGGAGGAGGCGGCACCGGAACCCGACCCAAAAUGGAGCCCUGAGGUCGGGGAUAAGAUGUAUGAGGACUGUGUUUGUGUGGAAGACUGGAGAGAUCCUCGAGUGGAAGCGAGCUAACCCACACAUGGCCUGCGAGUCGGCUUUCCCCGCCAUCAUGGACGAGCAGGCCCUCAUGGGACUGAACCCCAAUGCUGAUGCCUGCUACCGGCAGAGGGCAUUGGCAUAUUUUGAGCAGCUGAAAGAAUCUCAGGACGGAUGGGAGGUGUGUGCUGAAGCGUUGGCUCAAGGCAUCUACAGUGAUGACCAUGUGAAGUUCUUCUGUUUUCAAGUGCUGGAGCAUCAGAUCAAAUACAGGCAUGCGAGUCUCACCGGAGCCCAGCAGCAGCUUAUUCGAGAGACUUUGAUGAAAUGGCUGCAGUUGCAGUUGAUGAGUACACAGCCAGAGAAGCCGUUCAUCAAGAACAAGGCUGCGCAGGUGUUUGCGCUUACCUUUGUCGUGGAGUACCUGACACUGUGGCCCAAGUUCUUCUUUGAUGUGCUCUCACUGGUGGGCCUGAGCCCUCAAGGCCUGGACAUCUAUCUGCGCACGCUCAUGGCCAUUGACGCCGAGGUGGUGGACAGGGACAUCUUGCACACCCCCGAGGAGACUCGCAGGAACACACUGAUUAAGGACAGCAUGAGAGAGACUUGUAUCCCAGCUCUGGUAGAGUCGUGGUACCAGAUCCUGCAGACGUAUCAGCGCAGUCACAGCGAGCUAACUUGCCAGUGUCUGGAGGUAGUUGGCGCAUAUGUGUCCUGGAUCGACCUCAACCUCAUUGCCAACGACAGGUUUGUGAAUCUGUUGUUGAGCCACAUGUCCGUGGAGGAGCUGAGAGAGGAGGCCUGCGAUUGCCUGUUCGAGAUAAUUAAUAAGGGCAUGGACCCUGUGGACAAAACCAAACUGGUGGAGUCUCUCUCUCAAGUCCUGCAAAAUGCUGGCUUCUUCAAUGUGAAGCAGGAGGAGGACGUGGACUUCCUGGCCAAGUUCUCGCGCCUGGUAAAUGGAAUGGGUCAGGCUCUGGUGUUAAGCUGGACCAAACUCAGUAAAGCGGGGGACAUGAAGGUCGCAGCAGAAACCCUGCAGGCUCUGGAGGGCAAAAUCCCGCUGAUGCUGCAGCUGCUUAUGCAUGAGGAUGAUGACAUUUCAGCGAAUACAGUGGGCUUCUGUUACGACUACUUACAUGUACUUAAACAGCUUCCUGUCCUUACUGAUCAGCAGAAGAGUAAUAUUGAGGCCAUUAUGCUAGCUGUUAUGAAAAAACUGACCUAUGACGAUGAGUACAACUUUGAAAAUGAGGGCGAAGAUGAGGCAAUGUUUGUGGAGUACAGGAAGCAGCUGAAAAUGCUGCUGGACCGUCUGGCUCAGGUCUCGCCGGAGCUUUUACUGGAAUCUGUGCAUCGAGUCUUCACCAGCACUAUGCGGAGCUGGCAAACGGCUCGGUUCAUGGAAGUGGAGGUGGCGAUCCGCUUGUUUUACAUGUUGGGAGAAGCACUGCCUGCGUCACAUGGAGCUCAUUUCAGUGGCGAUGCUACAAAAGCCAGCACUCUACAGGACAUGAUGAGGACGCUCCUCUCUAGUGGCGUAAGCGAGUACCAACACACCUCUGUGACGCUGGAGUUCUUUGAGACUGUUGUUCGCUAUGACAAGUUCUUCACUGUGGAGCCUCAGCACAUUCCAGUUGUCCUGAUGGCGUUCCUGGAUCAUCGUGGCCUGAGGCACAGUAGUCCAAAGGUGCGCAGCAGAGUGGCGUACCUUUUCUCCAGGUUCAUCAAAACAUUACAUAAACACAUGAAUGCCUAUAUCGAAGACAUCCUGAGCCGAAUACAGGACCUUCUGGCAUUAACGCCUCCUGAAAAUGGAUUCCCUGCACUCCUGAGUAGCGACGAUCAGCUGUUCAUGUUUGAGACAGCCGGUGUUCUGAUCGUGAACGGCGAGAGCCCAGCUGACAGGAAACAGGUCCUCAUGCGCAGUCUGCUCACACCGCUCAUGGAGGCUUUCCGCCUGCUGCUGACCAAACUCCUACAGGAGAGCGACGAGGAGAGACAGACUGCACUCGCUGACUGCCUCAGUCAUGCUGUGGGCUUUGCCAGCCGCACCAGCAAGGCGUUCAGUAAUAAGCAGACAGUGAAGCUUUGCGGCUGCUCGGAGGUCUAUCUGGACUGCUUGCAGACAUUCCUGCCUGCGCUGAGCUGUCCUGUUCAGCGGGGCAUGUUGCGCAGUGCCGUACGCUCCUUCCUCCACCGCAUGAUCAUCUGCCUGGAGGAGGAGGUCCUGCCUUUUAUCCCCAAUGCCAGCGAGCACAUGCUGAAGGAUUGUGAGCCCAAAGACCUGCAGGAGUUCAUCCCCCUCAUCAGCCAGAUCACAGCCAAGUUUAAGAGUCAGGUGUCCCCAUUCUUGCAGCAGGUCUUCAUGCCAUUGGUUCUGGCCAUUUUUGAAGUAUUAUCUCGGCCAGCAGAAGAGAACGACCAGACCGCAGCGCUAGAGAAGCAGAUGCUGAGGAGGAGCUACUUUAGCUUCAUCCAGACUAUCGCCAGCAGUGGCAUGAAUGAGGUCAUGGCCAACCAGGGUGCUGAAAAUAUAGAGCGUGUGCUGUUCACCAUUAUUCAGGGAGCAGUGGAAUUCCCUGAUCCUGUCGCUCAGAAGACCUGUUUCAUAAUUCUCUCCAGACUAGUGGAGCUCUGGGGAGGUAAAGAUGGUUUAGUCGGAUUUCCAGACUUCAUUUACAAACACAUUCUCCCAGCAUGUUUCCUGGCUCCUCUCAAACCAACCUUCGACCUGUCCGAUGCACAGACUGUCCUGACCUUGUCCGAGUGUACACUGACACUGAAAAUGAUUCAUCUCAAGAGGGGUCCGGAGUUUAUCCAGUUUCUGCAGCAGGAGUACCUGCCCUCUCUGCAUGUCUCACCUGAGAUCACACAGGAACUCUGUCAAGUGCUUCAGCAGCCGGACACCAAGGUUCUGAAAAACUACAUGAAGGCCUUCUUUCAGCAAGCAAAGCUGUAAAGCCACGACGAGUUCAAGACCGUACAACAAAAGGACCGAGCAUAGUGUAGAAGCUGCUUUUGCACUUGAAGGGAGAAGCUUAACUGUGGCCAUCUCCGCUCCAAAGGGGAAACGUGGUGCUGAUUACAGGACUCUGGUGAGGACGAGCUCCCACCAAACCAAUCAGAGUCGUACUCUCUCUACCUGGGGACGGACGUCUAUGAUUGGCGAACUGGACAAGGCAGAGAGCUAAGAGUAGACUGCAGGAUGGGAUUUGGAAGAGAAAUUUUGUUCUGCACAAGAAAAGUAUUUUGGCGCUUAAAAAUAUGAAUUAUGAUAACAGUAAUAUUUUGUAUUUGUGAGCGCGCUUUCAUGGUUUAAUAAAUGUGUAAGGAUUUAAAAAGCUAGAGCAUUUGAAGAGGUCAUAUAUUUGAGCAGUUGAAAUGAGGUUUCUGUAAUGAAUUCCCAGAAAAGGGAGCUGUGCUGAGAUUUAAUUUAAUUUUUUUUUUUUUUUCAUGCAAUAGGAGCAUUUUUAAUUUUCAUUUUGUAGUGACUGGGGAAUAUGAAAGUGCUCUACUAGAUGUGAACAGUUAAAUAUUUUGAUUUCUUUUUUUCCAUUCAUGGCAUAUAUUAAAUGCAGAGUAACCCAUUUUAAAUUGCACUGUGCAUUACUGACGACCUGUGUUAAUGCAGUUGCCUGGGAUCUUCCCCGAAUCCAGAAACACUGACGAAAAGCAUGUUCAGUUAUUUCAUCAGUUCCUGAAAUAUCGCCCGUUUCAUAGCUCUCACACGGCGGAAUUAUGCAAUGUCUGCUCGCAGUGUUUCAAGUGUCCGUUUUUACAUCACUGAAAGCCAAGCUGGUGCGUCUGGUUAUUCGUGGUGGUGUUUCAGCUGCUGUAAAGUGUGUUGGCGUUAUAUUUUUCGAAAGUAACAUUAGACCUGUAUAAUUUUUUGCAGAGUCUGUAACCAAGAGUUUGCGGUUAAUAUGGAGUUAUACAGUCUGCAUGCUGCAGGUUGCAUGUUGAAAUUGCUCAAUAGUUAAAAUCAAAAGAAAAGUGUUCGAUUCUGGGAGCCAAGGGAAUAAAUUUAGCUUUUCUGAGUGGGAGGAGCAUGCUACAUCUCCCCUGUCAAUCACAAACAUGAGCGAAUUGUGGGCAUCUGGGUGCUCAGGUAUGUCGAAGAAGGUGGAUAGCGCUUUCCUCAAAGCGUGCGCCCCAUGGCUGAGGAUGUUUGAAAAGAUGAGGUUGGCUGAGGAAGCAUGUUAGCCUUUACCCUUCCAUGUUGAUACCUUCAGUGUUGGUAAUCGAGAGCUGGCUGGUGCAUGGGGGUUGGCCACAAUGGGGGAAAUCUGGAGCAGGGGAGAAAGGCUUUAAAAAAAGCACCAUUACAUUAGUGUUUAAUUCCAUAUUAGGACGAAUGCAAUUUUAAUAAAAACAUGCAAAAUGCUAAACACAGCUGUUUGUGUUAAACUAGUUCACUGUAAUUUAUCAGGUUCUCAAAUCCUGGUUUUGUAAAGUCCAUAUUAAGUUGUAUAGGUAGCAUAACAACUAGAAGGAAAACUAAAACUCAACCAGAAGUGGUUCUUGCAGGAAGUGGAUACAAUCCUCAAGGCACACUUAGAUUCUAACAUGAAGUUUAGCUCCUCUGAUAUAAGUGUAGCAAAAUAAUGUGGUGUACAAUGAGCUCAUAUCCUGAUCAAACUACUAGUAAUGAUUUGGAAGUUGGUUGUAGGACCUGAGAUGCAAAAUGGCACUGCACAGCAUUCUGUACUGCAUAAUCAACCACUCAUUUCUUGGUAUAAUUUGUGGCGUGAAAUGAGUUUCAAUUAACAUCGUUGAACACUGUAUUCUUUCCCUCUGCAUGCUUAUAGCCACAGGACAUGAGAUGCAUUAUCAGAGUUAUCAAGUUUGACCAGCUCUGCUGAGAACAUUCCUGACAACUCCCUGUAGAUCAAUUUAUAAAAAAUUCCAGCAGUUUGGUCACUUAAAUGUUUAGAUAUUGACCUGUUACUAGCUCCUAAAUCUAGACUAUGCCAAAUUGAAUGCAAAGAUAUAAAGUUAAUUUUGUUUCAGAGAAUUCUCUGCCUGUACUUAUUUUUGAUAUCCCAUCAGGUCUUUGUCCCUAAAGUUGUCACUACCAAUAAAGUGUAUCUAAUGCUGUAA